UGAGGAAAAGGAAACUGUGAUUCUUAACACAAAUCUGAGAAGGAAAGACGGAGAGAGUGAGUGAUACAGCUCGGGCCAUUUUCCCUUAAACUGAAGGCUGAAAAAGAAAGAAAAGAUGAAGACCGUGGCUAUCCUGGCUCUCUGCUUCUUGGUAGUUAUCUGUGUCGCUUCAGAUGCUGCCACCGACCCUCAGCCUGCUGGUGACAACCCUGCUAAGGAGGGUUUGUUUGUGGAGAGGGAGCAGGCCUCCACAGUGGUGAGGCAGAAGAGAGCUGCUGGACAGUUAUCCUUGGUACAGCUGGAGAGCCUGAGAGAAGUGUGUGAGGCCAACGUGGCUUGUGAGCACAUGAUGGACAUAAACGGCAUCAUCGCCGCCUACACUGCCUACUAUGGACCAAUCCCCUAUUAGAGGCUACAGCUGACUGCGCACCAGAGCUGCCUUUUUUCUUGCAUUGCCACCUCUGAGCUCGGCUUUUUCUUUGUCUAAAAGUGUGGCAGACGGAUCAGACUGGAAGAAACCAAACACCAGCAGGUGGAUUUACUUUCUUUCCUAACUGCACCUUCAAGCAUAUCUCUGUAAUUCUGUCAUUUUUC